AUGUCUAGCGACGACCAGCAAUUCUUGGAUCUGCUGGCAAGCAUUCCUCAAGAUGUUGCCUAUUACAGCAGUCGUGUGGCAGACUACGUCGAUAAAUACACAAACGGCAUUGCCUCCGAUAUCCGCGAUGCGAUAGAUUCGGCAAGCUGGAUCCCUGAUUCUCUCCGUCCUCCUCGUCCAUCAGGCGGCGUCGGAAACUUCUUCGCCCGCACUCCACCCCCUCCUCAAGGCAUAAUCGAGCGGACUACGGUCUGGAUAUCUAAGAAUCGAACGGCAAUUGCUGUUGUGUUGGCAUUCACAGGCACAAGCAUCUACCUGAUCCAUCGCAGGAAGAGGGCUCAUGCGAGAAAACGAAGGGCUAGGAAACUUCCCAAUGGAGCCAAGAAAGAGAUCGUUGUAUUGGCCUGCUCGACAUUCCAUGAUGCUCUCACUCGUUCUUUGGCACUCGAUCUUGAGCGACGAGGUUAUGUUGUCUAUGUGACUGUGUCUUCAACCGAUGAAGAUUCCUUGAUCCAGCAAGAAGCAAAAGCUGAUUUACGGCCUCUCUGGAUUGAUUUGACAUCUACGGUUCCCAACCCCGCCGUUGAUGUUCAUCCCAACCUCGAACCAAUACGGGAACUACUCACGAAAUCUUCCCGUCCUUCAUCUCCUAGUUCCAGUCGAUCCUUUCAAGGCUCAUCAAUGGGAAAUAUGACACUUGCCGGCGUCGUCGUUUUCCCUGGUUGCUCAGGCUACUCAGAAGGCCCUCUCGCACUUUUACCUCCAACCGACAUUGUCGACACUCUCAACACACGUCUCGUAUCUCCAGUUCUCACAAUUCAGCAAUUCCUUCCACUUCUUGCCAAUCACUCAACCGACCCAAAAUCUCCUGCCAGCAUUGUCAUUGCCUACCCCUCCAUUCCACAAUCACUCCACUCACCAAGGCAAAUCCCCGAAUGCUUGGUGACAAGCUCUCUGUCUACGCUUGCAUCAAGUCUGAGAAGAGAAAUCAAUGCAGCAAAUGCAAAUAUUACAGUAAGCGAACUCAAGAUGGGCAAUUUUGACAUGGGUUCUGUCGCUGGUACUCGGACGACAGGAAGUCAAAGUGCGGGUAGACUGGAUCCCUCAAAUUCGGCGCUCACACAAACGAACACCCACUGGCAUAGCUCGCAAAGAGCAGCAAUUCAACGUAGAACUCUGGGUCAGCGCAGCUUCAUCCGUGGCAGCGCAGCCAGGGAGUUCCACAAUGCAGUUUUCGACGCUCUGGCUCCGGCCCAAACUUUCAAAGCAUUUGGUCAUUUCGAAUGGCAAAGUGUCACAAGAUCAAAUGUUGUAUUCGUUGGAAGCGGGGCCCGAGUAUAUGACCUGAUCGGCCGGUUCCUUCCCGGAGGACUAGUCGCCUCGAUGAUGGGCUUCCGCGCACGCCAUCGAGAGUUGUAUGAGGAACACAGAUCGAGUCCGAGUGGUCCAAGAGUGCAACCAACCCAACUCGGAACAAUCGGUGAUUCUGGCCUGGCUACUCCGGUUCGUUCAUCGCCUGCCACAUGGGGGGGUAAUUCGAUAGGAAGCGAGAGCGCUGUUUGGGAAAAGAUAUAA